GAUUUAUUCAAAUUCGUUUCCUGCUUAGCAUGCUAUAAAUAUUUCCAUUUCUUUAUUCUGAAGACACGUCUGCUCGUUUGUAUCUCCUUUAGGACACCAGCCCUGUCUUUACAGCUCAUUAUGCUCACAGUAAUGGGGAUCUCUCUCUUCCUCUCUCUUCCUCUCUCUCCUCUACGUGUAAAACUGCUCUCUGAGCUGCAGUCCGAUUCGCAGAAGUAGUGAGGAGCUCUGCACUGCAUCCAUCAGCACUGUUUAUCCGUCUCAUCCGAUCUGUCGGGUUUGAGCGUCGACAAUAUCGUGCGAGAUCAAUGCUGUGAUUAUUGCUAUUAGGCCUAUUUGUUUGCAGUGUCACCUCCACAUGGAAGUCAGCCAAGAGGAAAAUACAUAAUCAGAGGAUGAGCCGGUCAGAGAGGAAACAUUUCUUAGGAUUAUUUAGGCUACCUCUUUGGACUGCUGCGUAAAAAUACACGCUAUGUGACAACAAUGAAAGAAAAACAGCCUUUCCGAACAGGAAGUAGGCAAGUUCAGAAAAGCUUUCCAACCAAUUGCAUGGUCAAAGCGAGAUAUAAAAAAAAAGGCAAACGGAUGCCACGGCAUAAGUGCGAACUCAAUGACAGCUCGGUUACAAAGUGCUUCACGUGCAAUUAAUGGCCAAUAGGCGGGACUGCGAGCAAUGCGACGAGGAUCCUGCAAGGGAUUAUGCGAAUUCUUAGAUGGAGAUGCCCAGAUUCUUUGCCUUGCUGCUGAUCUUCCUGGAGUGGAUUCGGCCUGGCCUGCCCUCCCCUUUGCGGCCCAUCUGUGAUAUGCGUGUUCUCAACCACUUCAUUGAGGAGGCGCGUGAUGCCGAGGCUGCUAUGAGGUUUUGUAAAGAGGAAUGCAGUGUUGCUGUGCCUCUCACGGUUCCCUUGACCAGUGUGGAUUUUGCUGUGUGGGAAAAGAAAAACAUAGAAGAGCAGGCUCAAGAAGUCCAGGCAGGUCUGUGGCUGUUAAACAUGGCCAUCAGCUCAUUAAGUGCAUCAAUCACCAGCUCUGCGCUCCAUUCCCACAUAGAUGCCACCAUCAGAAACAUCGCCAGCCUGAAGCAGGUGCUGCGCAGCCUCAGUAUACAGGACUAUGUACCUACAGGUGGUGGGACAGAAGAGACAUGGAGAGUGUCUUCAGCCUCCGAGCUCUUCCAGGUCCACAUCAACUUUCUUCGUGGGAAAGUGUACCUUGUGCUCCGCAAUGCACCUGUCUGCCAGCAACAAAUCACAUGAUUGGCACAUGUACAGGACAGAACUGGAACCCAUUAUAUUGGAGCAGACUUUAUUAGAAGACAGAACAUUAGUACUAAACUGUCAGGGGCGUUGUGCUCACCUGCAUGGAGCACUUUCUCAUCAUCAAUGAAGAAUGGAAGACAAUAUUUAUCUUCUAGAACUCUAGAUGGCCUUAGGAUUCAGAUCUCUUCACUGCUGCCCCGACCAACCCUGCAGACUUUUCUGUCUGUAAUGCAAACUGUCACUCCUUUCUCUUAAUUUGACUGUUAUAUCCCAGAUGCAACUGCAUCAACCCUAAUCAGAUACCACUUUUAAUAUUUUUUUUUGUAUUUUUGGUGAUUUUAUGAUGCUUAAUAUUUAUAUAGAUUUCUACUAGCUGGAUCGUGGGUUAUAUUAUAAAGCUAAAGUAUGAGGAAGCUGCCUGCUUUCUGUCUUAGCCUUUUACACCUCUAAAAAUUGACCUGCUGCUUUAAAGACAUAUUUAUCAUUCUCAGUAAUGCACUGAUUUUAUAUAGAUUGUAUGAUGUGUGAGAGAGAGAUAGCCGAGAGUGUGCAAGCGUAAAGGAAUGUGAGUAAUUUUGGAGUGUGUGUGUGCGUGUGCGUGUGUGUGUGUGUGUGAGAGAGAAUGAGAGAAAGAGGGAUAUCAGUGGACAGACUGUUUACAGGUCACUUCUGGUGAGAGGAAGAGCGACCAAAUAGUUACGCUUUUGGGGGAAACUGGGGGGUUAUGUGAGGGCUGAUGAGGUUUUGUGUUGAUUAUAAGCGUCUGCACUGGAUUCACGUGCAAACGCACAGCACCGCACAGAGAAUGGCCAGGAAAAAUAUUGCGUCACUGCCAGGAAAAAUAUUGAUUGGUUUGCAUGAAGAACAUCCUGCCUGACUCCUGCUCUGUUCACAGUCUGGUGUAAUGGCCUGGGAAACGUUUGGGUAGAUGACGUAUGUCUGAUGUUUCUCUUUGUGUUUCAGGCUUGGAUUGGUCAUUCUUGUUGGCGUCUGUCUCUUUUUUUUUUUUUCCAAACAAUGUUUUUGCUAUGGGGAUCGUUUUUGAUGUUUGUGAAUCAGUGUGUGAAUGCAAAAAAGGAAGUUUGUAAUAUCACUUUCCUGUUUGUUACGGUUGUUUGCUUCUUUUACCACUUGUCCUAUUCGGUCAAUUAAAUGCAAAAUAUUAUUCUGAAACGUAGCUGAAGGAAAUCAGGGAAAUAAUACUUGGCCUGCUUGAUUGUA